AGAAAAAACAGUAAAUAACGUAGCUUCCAAUGAACUAAUUUGUUCUAAUUUGUUUGUAUUUACCCUCAAAACAGUAACGCGCCUGCUUCAGAAAUAUUUUUUGACGAAUAUGAGUGUAUAAAGCUGAGCUUGGUCCCCGGACGGCGGAGUGGAGUAGAACAAUCCAGUAGGCAGACGGAGUGGACAACCUAAACACUGUUAGCAGACAGCUAUCAAACAACGGCGGCCUGACAGUCCACUAAACUAGCAAACCACCUUCGCCGGUAAACAAUGUGACGGAGUGAGGAGGGACACCUCGGCGAGGACUGCGAGAAACGCAUGACAACCAACUUUGGUUGUCGUGAGGGGCACCAUGGCAUCUCAGCCGAGUGUAUACAAUGAAGAAAGGAACCUUCUUCGCCUCAGAGCAUGGGAACAGAGGAACCAAGAAACCAGCCAAACCAAAGAACUUAACACUGAGAAUGUGCCACUCUUUGGGGAACCAUACAAGACAAACAAAGGGGACGAGCUUUCAAAUCGAAUUCAGAGGAUGCUGGGCAGUUACGAAGAUGUGAAUAAUCCCUCUUCCUUUUCCAGUGAGGCUUCACCCAUUCCGAAUUGCGUAAACUUCUCACAGUCAGAUUUGGGUCAGGCAAACACAGAUAAAUCAACAAAACCUCCGUUUCACAACCAUGUUCUUUACAUGUCCACACAAAGCCAGAAAGGGCUGACUAGUAGCAGUUACUCCCCUCAGCCCUCUAAGAUGUCCACUGCUUCUCCGAAUCAGGGACGUUCAUCCACUUUCUCAAAGCCUUCUUUGGACCACAGUCAUCCCAGCCACGUGGCACAUCAACAACAGAAGAGUGACGCCUUCUCAGAUCUCAGGGAGUAUGUCAGCCUUCCCCAGGAAAUGUCUGCUCAGUCUCCUGAUACUCAGCCACUAGCAUUCCUACAUUCCAGUGACCAUCAUAACAUCGACAUAGACACUAAGGACACACUUGAUAGACAUCAGCUUCCAGGGUCCACAGAUCUUCCCUCUGACUCUGCUGUCAUCAUGGAUGUUUCCUGUAAAGAUGCAACUCUGCCUCAAGCCAACAAGACUAACGCACUACCCUCCCAGACCUUUCCUCCACUGUUGUCGUCUAAGCAGCCCAGCAUAGUCAUGACUCAGAAGCCAACAGCGUAUGUACGGCCCAUGGACGGUCAGGACCAGGUGGUCAGUGAGUCGCCUGAGCUGAAGCCCUCACCAGAGCCAUACGUACAACUACCAGAACUAAUCAACAAAUCUGACCUGGGCAAAACGAAAAUGAUGCCACCAUUUUUGGAGACAAGGACAGAUGAAGCUCAGUGUGUAGAGGACAUCUUAAAGGAAAUGACACACUCAUGGCCUCCUCUCCUGCCAGCAAUACACACACCUAGGAGAAAUGAACCCUCAAAGCCCCUGUUCCUAGCCAAGGAAGCAGAGCAUGUCUCUUCAUGCCCAGGACAGAAAAACCAUGACACCUCUCUUGCAGAGCCAACCCAUCUCAGCCAGCAGAGCUCCUUAUCUUCAUUUGAAGCAGCACAUUCCAGCGGGUUGGAGUCUACAAGCUCAAGCGACUCUGGCAGUAGCUCCGGAUCUGAGUCAGAUAAUGAGGAGCCACGUCAAACUCCAGUGGGCAGCUUUGUUAAAACUGAGCCCAAUGCUCCAGCAGUGAGCCAUGGUGACUGGCAGUUGGGGAACUGGAUCAGGUCCAGCCAACAAAACUCCACCACUGAAAGUCAAAGCAGUGCACACGUCUCUGAGAGCCCCACUCAGAAAAACCAAAUGCCCACUAAAAGCUCCAAGAAGUCCAGUGUAGAAGUGGUCGACCCCACUGGGCAGUCUAAGCCUCAGCUCUCCUCUCAUCAAAAAGAGCUUACUGACAACCUUCCGAUUCCCCAGCAGUCCAGGGAAAGCCCUCAGGACAACCGUUGCCACCAAAGUAGCCAAAAAUCUCUCUCUUCUGAUGUAAACAGCUGUAGCAGUUCCAGGAAACUCUCAAAACCAGCGAAGGCAGGUUGCCCAGAUCGCACUGGAGCAGCAGUCAGUGCGAAGUAUGAGGAAAUUAUAACCACACAGACAAAAGAACCGUGUUUCACAGAUAGACCCAAGGUAAAGACAAAAACAGGACAUGGUAAGAAAAGCAGCGGUGACACUAAAAAAGACAUUAAAAGGACUAAACACACACCACCUGGCAAGCAGAAGGCUGGGUCAGAGCCUGGAACUGGAGCCAUGCUCGUCCAGUAUGCCGAUUGUCCUUCGUGUGGUGUGCAUCAUCCUAACCCCUGCUCCUGCCCCACCCAAAGUCCUGCUCAGCCUGACCAGCUUUCUUCUGCCCCACCGGUCAGAGUCAGUAGUAGCAAACCCAAGGCAGAAUCCAUCUGCCAGAGGGGCGCCAAGAUGCCUCACAAAACAGACCACAAGCACUUAGAGAAGCCUGAGCAUACAGCCAAGGGUUCACAGGACCUCCACAGGCCUCCGAGAUCCCUGAUGGUGAAAAUAGAUCUAAGUCUGCUCUCAAGAGUCCCACAGACCUCCAGCAUUCACCAAAGGGUACCUAGCAAUUCAAAGAGAUCACACGAAGGAGGCAGUGAUGCUUCUACAUCACUCAAAAACAUGAAAACCAGCAAAAAGAGUAUAAAUCAAAAUAUUGAGGCAGACAAUAAAACUCUUCCCACAAAGAAACAGAAGCUGGAAAACAAGAAUACCUCAUCAAGUCAUGUUUCUUUAAAACUGGAAAAUUCCAGCAAUCCAGCAGAGGCUCGGGAGCAAAAGAAGGCCAAGAAAAAUCCUGUACAUUUGCAGCCCUCUGCACCAUCCAAAGAUGCUCCUAAAGGCUCAAAAUUAGACAAAUGCAGUUCAGGGAAGACACAAGAGUCCAGUAGGGAGGCUGCAAAGAGCAAGGACUCCCGUAAGCACAAGAAGAGCAGUGGAAAACACACACAGCACCCACGCCAUGAAAAGCAAAAGCCCCCAAAGAGCAGCCUCUCUGUCCCUUCACCUUUGCGGCCAGUCAAGGAAGCUUUGAGCAGCAGGCCGAUGCUCAGAUUUGAGGAGAGGCAGCAUCCAGUAAAGCAUUACAUAAAAGAGGCCAAAAGACUGAAGCACAAAGCAGAUGCAGAGUCCGAUAAGCUCAGUAAAGCUUUCAACUACUUGGAUGCAGCCAUGUUCUUUGUUGAGAGUGGGAUUGCCAUGGAAAAAGAUCCACAGAUUUCAAUGUCUUCCUACACGAUGUUUGCAGAGACUGUGGAGCUCCUUAAGUUUGUACUCAAACUUAAAAACUCAGUGGACCCGUCUGCUCCACCCUCAGAAAAGGACUUUAUAGCUUUAUGUUUGAAGUGCCAGUCUCUGCUGCAGAUGGCCAUGUUUCGCCACAAACACAAAACUGCAUCCAAGUACUCAAAGACCCUCAGUGAUCACUUUAAUAACUCUGCUCAGGCGACACACAAUCCUGGCUGUACAUCGAAGGUUACAGAUAACCCGUCCCCCAACAUGCCGUCUCCAGCCAACACAUCCACCAGCUCAGGUCCCGGCUCCAACCACAGUGGCAGCGGGUUGGUUGUGGGCUCUGCUGGCACCACCGUGGUCGUUCCUCAGGCCAUUGAACAAGUGGCCUUCAGCUACGUCAACAUUACUAUGCUGUUCCUGAGCGCUCAUGAUAUCUGGGAGCAGGCAGAGGAGCUGGCACACAAAGGCAGUGGUAUGCUGGCAGAGCUGGACACUGCAAUGGGCCCUUUGAACCUGACUUCAAGUAUGAGCUCUAUGGUUCGCUACACAAGACAAGGUGUCCACUGGCUGAGACUGGACAGCCAAAAGGUAUGAAACUGGACUCAUGGAAACCCUUCAGGGCCUUUAAUUUGCUUCGGUGUGUUUAACACGGAUCCUGACCUGAACUCUUCCUUGGGCUUGUGGUCGUUUCCUGUAUUUCACGUGGUCAUUAACUCUGUUCAUCAAAAAACGAUCAGGAUGUCAUCUCAUGUUUGCUCUUAAUUUUGAAUUUCCCAGCAGGGAGACAACACAGAACGAUGCACUGGUUAUUAAUUCUCCCUGCCACUUUAAAUCAUGGACUUCAAAUGUUAAUCGACGCUUCUGUGUCUCCCUGUUUUGUUAUCAGGUGAUGUUAUGAUUCUGAAUUUUGAAAUCAGGGCUUUAUUCAGGAGUAACUACAUUUGGAUGAAGAACAUCAAAUAUUACUAAAAGUGCAAUUUGGUGGCCAUAUCUCAGUGGUUCUACCCAUGUAAUCAUGUAGCUGUGGUGCAAAUAUAGACACAGAUUUUAUUUAUUAUUAUCCCAGCUUUUGUUAAUAAUGUUACUGUUAUGACCUUUAAUUAGACAGUAAUCAGGAAAAGAAACUGCACUUAAAUCACAUUCAGACUCAUCAGUCCAGUUUUGGCCAAAUGAUUUAAUUUCACUAAAGUUUCCAUCUGAAAGAUUGGUUUAAUCUGGAUUCUGGGAUUUCUUUUUCUCUUUUUUUUACUCUGUGUCACACAGGGCUGAAGUAACUUCUUAUAACAUUUCUAAUUUUGGCUGUGUAGGCAGAAGUAAAUCAAAUAUGGGGACAUUUUCUACUGCAAAAAAUAUUAAGUAUGUUGCAAAAGUGGCCACAAAGUAACAUUAAAUCAGCAUAUAAUUUAUUACUUUUAGCCAAUUCCUUAUUGGAAUCUGUAUUUUCAGUUUUUCAAAUGAGUGUCAAAUUGACAGAGCUGUGCUUGUAUUGAAACACGCUUCAUGUGCAAUAAUUACUGAGGAUCAAUAACAGACGUGCCAUAAUAGUGGUACAUCGAGAGGCAUUGAAUUUACGCUCCAGAUGUGAUUGAAGAAGAGGCAUAUUAGGAAAGGUUAUUUAUUACUUCAGGGAAACAUCUGGACAUUUCUGACUGUCAUAACUGAUUUCACGGCAGAACCUUCUUCUUCCCUCUUACUUUUCUACUACUCUAAGAGGUUAGUCGGCAUCGGCUGUGUGGUUCAGGGUCCUGGUGGCUGUUGCACUGUUGCUGGUAAUGACUGGUUUAUCAGAUCAAACCACACUUUACUUUAUUCUUGUCAGCCUCUUAAAGAAGAUUGCACUUCUGCCCUCAUUCUAAUGGAACAUACAUGUAGUAAAACAUUAUUCACAUGCUUACAUCGAAAGAGUUUUAGGUCCCUGUAAUCAUUUUUCAAAUCCAUGGCUGCGAAGUGACGCAGGGACAAAAUCCACAGUGGUAUUUUUGUAUAAUAAUGCAUCCCAAAGCUAGUGUGAGGCUUUUGCAGCAGUUGCCUUCCAAAUUGCAGCCAUGCUCUUACCAAAAUCCUCCCAAUUGUGCCUGAAAUUUGGUCCCAUCACAAAAUACACUGGCUUAAUUUAGCAAAAAACAUGACAUAUCCCAGGUAAAGGGAUGCAAUGCUUGCAUUUGUUGCUUGGGGGAGCAAAAAAAUUUGCUAGGAGAUUGCAUGUAAACAAAGGUCACAACAGCCACACAGCACAAGAAGGGAAUUUUCAAUUGGUUCAUUUUAGCUUCAGCUGAACCGUUUUAAGGCAUUUUUAUACAAAAUGAGGACUGUGGAUUUUUUCCCUCAACACUUAUUCUGAAAUCUUUCGACCAAAGGGUUCCCGCUGGACUAAUUACAGCAACCAAAAAACCCUUCAAUGUACGUAGAUAUUAAAAAAUGUGAACCUGUAGUUUAACCAGAGACGUGUCUACAAACAAGUACUUCCAAAAUCAAAAAGAGGCAAAUAGCUUGACAUCCCAGUCUUUCUUUACGUAUAGUGGUAGAUGUUUUGAUUCACAUCCGCCAUGUUUGCCAGUUUGAGGAGAAACUACAUUAGUGUUGCCCUUAAAAUUUUGCACCAGGAAGUGAAUUUAUGUACGUUUCCACUCUUUUGUUGAGUGCAAAAUGUAAACUAAAUCUGCCCAACAGAGCUUACUUAAGAAUGGAGAGGUGUUUUUUUUGAGUAUUUUGUAGUAAAUUUGAGUGCGUUAUUGUACAGAAGACCUCCCAAGACCGGCAGGGCUGUGCUAGUCUUUAUUAUUGUUUAGUGUACGUUUGACCCUGAGCAGUAGUGUUUAGUUGGCGCUUAAAAAAAAAGUCUAAUUCUUAUUUAUACAUGGGGAAUAUAGUCAGUAGAAAAUGAACAUUGAUUUAGACUAGCGCAUGUAAAGAGCGCCAUUAGUGCCAGUGGGUUUUGAAAAGUUUUCACAUGUUAAUUGACAAAUAAAAAGGGCUUGAUGAGGAUCACAAAGUGCUCCUGAGUUUAUUUUCUCACAUCGGAUAAAGUGAUAUUUUUUUUUUAAGUAAGCACGAGUACAAAGGCGCCAUGGUGGAAUUUGGGAUUGUUUUUACGUACAGACCAUCAGCAGGCUGCAACAGAAAUGGUCUUUCUAAUGUCGGUGCUGCACAUUAAGUGAAGUUUGGCAUUCGACAUUCAUAAAUAGCUCAACUUCAUCUGUUUUCUGAAUUUCUGGGUUCUCGUCUUAUCUGUGGCUUUCUUUUCAUUAUGCUCGAUUGUUGCUGCUUCAUUUUUGAAUUACCCUGCAGCAAGUUUGUCCAAGUAAUUAUAUACUGCAAAAAAUGUUGGUUUCUGAAGGAUGCUUAUUUUCCAUUUUGUGAAAUAUGUAAAAAUUUGUGUUGCAGUGUACAGAUGUGAAUAAACACUGGAAACUAA